AUGGCAGGGACAGUCCCGGACCAAGGACCAGGUACAGGGUAAUUCAACAUCGUAGACUGUGUGAACAAGAUGAGAGUAUUUAAGUUUGAGAAAGUUUCUAAAAGAGAUAGGGCUGGAAAAAGUUUCAGGAUUAACCUCUUUACAUACAAUAUUCCAUGGUUUAAGUAUACGGUUAAAAUACGAUGAUAUAAAUGUAGUGGUAUUACACAAGGGUGUUUGGAGGAUAACACUAGAGAUCUGACUGAGUCUAGUACGGCCAUGAUUAUUAUGAUUAUUAUUAUUAUUUUUUGUUAUAAAUAUUAUUACUAUUCAUUUGCCCAUAAUUUAGUGCCAACAAAACAACUAUUUACAUUUUAGAAGAAAUGAUUAGGGUUAGCUGUCUUCAAGAAACCCUGAAUGGCUUUUAUUUAAAAGACCCCUAGGCAAUAUGCUAUAUAUAGAGAGAGAAUAUAAUCCACAACUAAAGGAACAACCAGAAAGAGAAACCAUACGGUUUCAAUGCAGUACCAUUAUUGCUCAUUCAAAGAAUAGUAUACCAAACCGUUAUCGUAUACAUACUAAGUGGGGAAGUUAUAAGAUCGAAUGAUCGUACUAAAUACACGUAGCACGUUUAAUUUAAUUUUUUUUCGUAAUGAAAUAGUAGCUAUGUUUGUAAAUACAUGUUGUCCACAAGACCACAACUUAUGCAUCAGUCAAUUCCAGCUGCGACCAUCCCCCCCCGGGACAACCCCCGGGUAUUGGUAAAUUUUCAUUUUUUUCGUGCAAAAAAAGGAACAAUGCCCCACCCUUGGGACGAAAAAGCAAAACAAAUGCCCAACCCCCGGGCCGACAAGUUAGUCAAUUUCAAAGAAUGUACUAAAUUAAUUACAUGUGUUUUAACAAUUUGUAUUUAUACCUUUAGCUGUUAAUUGUUCUUUUGGGAAUUUAAAAAAACAAAAACAAGGAAAACUAUCGUACGUGUUCAUUUCAGAUGAAAACAUCGAUGAAAGGCUGUGACACACUUGCUUUUAUUGCAGAAAGUUUUUCAUUGUAUAAAUAGAAUAUAUAGAAUAUGGACUGAAGGAAAUUCUUAAACAUUGAUUCACACUUAAUAUAAUAUAAAAUUUGUUUAACGCAUUUAAAAGUCGUCCAUUUUGGCAUACAACAAAGGAAACUCGUGGCCGCGGUCUUUUCUCCGUGAGCGACAAAUGCCCGGGGGUAAUAACCCGAUAUUGACAAAUGCCCGGCCCCCGGGUGAACACGCAGCUGCAAAUUCCCGGCCGUGGGGACAAGUAAAAAGCGGAAAAAUGUCCCCACUGUCCUUGGGGGGGGGGGGGAUGGUCGCAGCUGGAAUUGACUGAUGCAUUAGAGGCGCGCAUUGUUUAUGUUCUAUGUACUAUUAAAAUUAGGACUUAUGACCUCGAAAAUCAUUUUGUCCCAUAUAUCAAAUGAUUGACUCCUGCUGCUAUGGCUAUUUUAAUGAAUGUUUACUGCAAGUUAAUGAUUAAUACGGUACACAGACGUGUACAAGAAACAUUUAAACAAAUACAUUGUGUAGUUCACGAAUCACGAGCGUGUACACAGUGCGCUUUUAUUAAAAAAACAACAAAAUUUGAUUAAUAAAGCACAAAAAACGCACGUUACCUAUGUGUUUCUAUAUUUUACAGCACACCGCCUUUCUAUAACACCAUCUCAAAAAUAGCUACGCUUCAGGCUUUCCCGUAAUAGAAUUUCCCUCUGAAUCAAUUUAACCACAGACUAGUCGACUUUUUAAUUAAGCACUUCUUCCACAUGACUUGCCUUAGUUCCUAUUAUGCCGCCUCAUGGGCGGUAGCCGGAGUGUACGCCUGCGCAGGCAUCUUGCUUACUAUAAUUCAAUGUACACUUGCCGCUCGCUAAAACUGGUACUGUAAAGUCAGGUUAAUUUAAUAUGUAAUCAGACUGUCAUAUUUAGAGAACUCUGCUCCAAAAAUGAGGAGAGGGAUGAUUAUCUAAGGGAAAGGAAAAUAUCAUCAACAUGUGAAUUAAAACCAGCCAUUAUGAAUGUUGAAGAGCAAGUUCAAGCGUUAAGACAACGUCAAGAGGAUAUCAUCGGAAAGGUUUUUGAAGAAGUAAGAAAAUUGCAGAAUGCAAUUGAAGACAUUUCAAGUCUUCUAAGAAAGCCUCAAAAUGAUAAAUCGAUGGAUAUCAUUUAGCUAUGAAGCAGCGUCUGUGCAUACAGUCGAACCCCUAUAAGCGGACACCUCUCUUAAGCGGACACCUCUUUUAAGCGGACACAUAUCUCGGGUCCCAUUCGUUUUCUUUAAUAAAAUACUAUUAUCAUAACCCCUAUUAAGCGGACACCCCUCUAUAACGGACGCGGACACCUUUCUGGAGGUCCCAAUGGGCAAACCAACCUCUCUUAAGCGGACAGAUGACAGAUUGUCUUAUUAUAAUUAAUUUGUCUUAUAAUCCAUGUAGUAUUUUAACAAAUGGGUACAAUAAAAGUUAUUGUAUUGUAUUGUAUUGUAUUGUCUGAUAAAAUGUAUUCAAUAUUCGACAGUAAAUAACAAUUGAGACCAAUUUACAUGGCACAUUGACAGUGACACACCAACUUGGCGCGAAGACAUCAGAGCCAAGAUUAUUGAGGAAGUGACGAAUGAGGACUGUGAGCCGCCAGCCGAGCAGCCAAAAGAUAUGUGUCAGAUCACUGAUGAUGACAACGAACUGAACGAAGAUAAUGAAUUUGACUGGUCUCUUAACGAACCAGUCAUUAAAUCGUCCUCGAAGCCCUUAAAGUUGUCGAGCGGCUGGCAGAAUUCGCACAAUUUCGAGGUUUGGAAGAACUUUCCAACGCCAUUUUUAUGUAAAUGACAUUAUAAUGCGCUAUCGUCUGCGUGAGCCUCGAAAGUAAACUUGUAUCGAUUCCUUUUUUAUAUGACUGCGAGAGACGUAUACAUUUUAUAAUGAACUUUUAUGCACAAAGAAAUUUUUAGUUUAUGCUAAAUAUUUUUUACUGUUUUGAUACUCAAAUUACAUACCUAAUUACACACCUUGGCCUCCUGCUGCGUUUUUCUACAUACCCCUUUUAAGCGGACACCCCUUUUAAGCGGACACUUAGACGAGGUCCCGAAGGUGUCCGCUUAAUAGGGGUUCGACUGUAGUUACAUUAGCUAUAGUAUAUUAUACUGUUCCUUUUUUCUUUCGCUUAAUAUAAACAAUCGUUAUUUUUUUGUUAUUGAUAGGUAAGAACUGCGCUGAUUUAUUCCAAAAGGGAAUAAAAGAAAAUGGAGUUUAUCAAAUUGAUCCAGAUAGUUUCGGCAGUUUCAGCGUCUUCUGUGAUAUGACAACAUCCGGGGGAGGAUGGACUGUGUUUCAACGUCGCCUUGAUGGAAGUGUUGAUUUCUACCGAGGAUUUCUCUGUUGA